AUGCAAGCUGUGGUACUCUCACUCAUUCCCGCUACUCUACCCUGGCAGGCUCAGCGCCACCAUUCUCCGUCUCACAUAACUCUCGUUUUCCGUAACGUCAAGGACCCUUUUACCUUACAGCUUAAAAUACGCCAUCCUUACAACUACGAGGAGCAAGUCUUAUUGACGUGCAUCGUGCGUGGUUGGUGCCCAAGAUGUUUGUCUUCACGUAUCAAUCUAGACGAGCCAGCAGGUUGGCCCUGUCGGCAUCAUACAGAUGUACUUGUCGAGGAGGGUACUCUCGAUGCCUUAUGGGACGAAUACGGCAUCGUUGGUGAUCUUGUUCCCUUUACAAAUGAUUUUGCUCGCGCCGACAUCCAUGAACUCAUUGCCCCCGAUAUCCUUCACCAGCUUAUCAAAGGGACAUUCAAAAACCACCUGGUUGAUUGGAUUGAGAAGUACCUCUACCAGACGCACUCGAAGAAAGAUGCUGAGCGCAUCAUGGAUGAUAUUGAUCGAAGAAUCGCUGCUGUUCCGGCCUUUGCUGGUCUUCGGCGCUUCCCACAAGGACGAGGCUUCAAGCAGUGGACAGGUGACGACUCAAAAGCACUCAUGAAGGUAUACUUAUCUGCUAUCGAUGGAUACGUUCCUGUGGAUAUGGUCAAGACAUUUCGAGCCUUUCUCGAAUUCUGUUAUUUUGUCCGACGCAGCAUAAUCACGGAGAAGACGCUCGAGCAAAUCCAGGAGGCACUUGACCGGUUUUAUCGGUACCGGCAAAUUUUUGAAACACUCGAUGUUAUUUCGACAUUCUUGCUCCCUCGCCAGCAUUCCCUUCAACACUACAUACACCUCAUUCGACUUUUUGGGGCCCCGAAUGGUUUAUGCUCUUCGAUCACUGAAGCUAAGCAUAUCAAAGCUGUGAAGGAGCCGUGGAGGCGCUCCAGUCGGUAUGAGGCACUGGGCCAAAUGUUGGUCACAAAUCAACGCCUCGACGAGCUCGCAGCAUCGCGUGCUGAUUUUACUCAACGCAAGAUGCUUGAUGGUACUUGCCUUUCUGCAGCUGUCCUCGAAGUGGAACGACUGCGCGCCCUCAAUCUCACGGCACCAGAUGAAGCUGCCAACACUCAGGCUGUCAAUACCACAGUGGACGACGAUGACGACAACGAUAACGAAGUCGACGAUGGACCAACAAAUGUUGAAGCGCACGUGGAGUUGGCCAAAACACUUCAACGUAAACGUGCUCGCACUAUUGCUGCGUUAGCAAUUGAAUUAUCAAUCCCGCAUCUCUCGAAUCUUCUGCGUCGCUUUCUCUUUGGUCAACUCAACCCCAAUGAUCCCCGUGAUCCGUCAAAGGUUCCCCUCGCUUACUGUCCCCAAUUCGACGACAAAAUCAGUGUUUUCAAUUCUGCAUGCUCGAGAUUUUUUGCGCCAAGUGAUCUCAGUGGUAUUGGGGGCAUGCGCCGCGAGUAUAUUCGCGCAUGUCCAAUAUGGAGAAACGAGCAUCCUCGGUUUGAUUGUGUCUUCGUCAACACAAAUGCAGGUCUCGAUGGUAUGAGGGGCAUGAAUGUUGCACCAGUACUGACAUUUUUUUCUUUUACUUACAAGCGAGAAUUAUACUCGUGCGCAGUUGUGCGGUGGUUCGAUAACAUUGGAGACUUGCCGAAUGAAGACACUGGAAUGUGGGUUGUACAGCCUGCUCAUAAUAACAACAACACGCCCCAUAUUUCCGUCAUUCAUAUUGAUUCAAUCUACCGCGCCGCACACCUUAUUCCUGUAUAUGGUACUCGAGUUAUUCCUGCUCAACAUCACCAUCAUCAAACCUAUGAUAUUUUUAACCGUUUUUAUGUCAACAAAUAUGCAGAUCAUCACUCCUUUGAAAUCGCAUUUUAGACUUUUUCAGUCUAGUAUCGUGAACUUGUUUGGAAGCUCAAACUGCUUUUUCACAAGUAGAAAAAGCAAUGAUUAAGUUGGCUGAAAAAUCUUCUGAACGAAAAUAAGUAACAUAAGGUGAAAAAAGGAACCUGUCGUUUUCCUGAUGUGGCACCUGUGCUCUUCAACAAUUUUGUUGCAACGUAUCGCGAAUCCAACCAUGAAGCUCUCUGUUGAACGUUUCUGGUUCCUCCAACUGAACCCAGUGUCCUCCUUGGAACUCUACCAUGUGGAGACCUCCCGUCGCAUAUUGCUUCAUUUGGGGCACG